CUGGUGUAUCAGUGUGCUGCAUGUUUCUGGCAGACUUCGAGCGGAGGAAGUUGGGCUGUGAUGUCGGAUCAGAGUGAAGCUGAUGGGAAUGAGCUGUGGAAUAAUCUGGAGAAUUACCGAGCGAAGCUGACUGCUGUGAUUGAGCCAUCCAGGAUCACCCCGUACCUGCGCCAGUGCAAAGUGCUCAUUCACGAUGAUGAGGAGCAGAUCUUCAAUGACCCCAACCUGGUUACCCGGCGACGGAAAGUAGGGAUGCUGCUCGACCUUCUCCAGAGGACUGGCAGCAAAGGCCACAUUGCGUUUCUGGAGAGCCUGGAGCUGUACUACCCUGAGCUAUAUCUCCGCAUCACCGGCCAGGAGCCCACCCGCACUUUCUCUGUCAUCCUGGAUGCUGGUGGAGAGUCAAGCCUGACACAGUUACUGAUGGUGGAAGUCCAGAAGCAGCAACAAGCUGCAAUUCACAGUAACAAGCGACUUCAGGCGCUGACCAUUGAGCUGACUAAGAAAGAUGAUCACAUCAAACAGCUCCAGGUCAAAGUGAAUGAGUUGCAGAAACACCAGGAGCGAUUCUGGAAGAUGAGGGAAGAGCGGAACAAUUAUAGUGAGGAGCUGAAGAGCUGCAAGGAGGAGAAUUAUAAGUGGGCGAAGGACUUUGCGAUGCAGAGUGAGGAAAAGAAUGCAGCACUGAUGAGGAACCGAGACCUGCAGCUGGAGAUUGAGAGACUGAAGCACAGCCUGAUGCUUGCUGAGGAUGGGUAUAAGGUUGAACGUACACACACCAUGAAACUGAAAUUCGCCAUGGAGCAGAGACCGAAGCAAGAACUGAUCUGGGAACUUCAGCGUGAGAAUGAUCUACUCAAAGCAAAGCUGCAGGAGCUGGUCUAUCCCCUGCAGGUUGACAAAGUUGAUAAAAACAAGAUGUACAUUCAGAUCCUGGAAGAUGACCGAAGGACGGCGUUAGAGGAACAUCAAGACCUGGUCAACACUAUUUACAAUCUCCGCAAAGAGCUAAGGGCUGUGGAAGAAUUACGGGAUAAGUACCUAGAGGAGAAGGAGGUGUUUCAGCUGCGUUGUGUGACUCUACAGAAGGAUUCCCAGAUGUACAGAGAUCGCAUUGAAGCAACAUUGAAGCAAAUGCAGGAAGUGGCGAUAGAAAGAGAUCAGCCACAAGAUGUAGAUGAUCAGCUUCCCAGAGCUUCCCCGGAGGUGAGUCGCUCCCGGUUUGAAUUCACUAAGUGCCGCACGGAAACCUCCGGAACCUUCUGGAAAUGUUCUUAUUCUCUCUCCGUGGUUCCCGUUCCCAUCUGCCUGACCCUAAGCCUGGAGACCAGAUCCCCGAGCCAGGAAUCAAGGACAGUAACCAGGAAUCAGCCAAUCAGAGAUGGUCAGCACAACCCGAGGAACAGGAGGGAACCAGCUGUGAGCCUGGGGCCUCGAGCUCUCACCACACCGAGCUUAGCACCGAAGCGUGCUAUUCGGCUGAACAAACAGGAGAGACACCAGAGAAAGGAGAACUGGGAUAACGUAACGGGAAGUGAGAAUUCCGACACUGACUCCUCAGACAGAGAGCAGAGCAACGGGAUCAGGAGGUGAUCCAUCCUCUUUGUCGAAAUAUGCGAUUCAGUAAGAUACAGCCCAGGACCAGGCCCACCAGUGUCUGAGAGGGCAGGAGCCAGUACACAGAACCAGGCACAGAUUCCAGGAACAAGUCUCACAACAUUAAAGGUUCCAGCCUCACUCCACUGUGCUGAGGGAACGCCGCACUGUCGGAGGGUCAGUGCUGAGGGAGCGGGCACUGUCAGAGGGUCAGUGCUGAGGGAGCGCUGCACUGUCGGUGAGUCAGUGAUGAGGGAGUGGGCAUCGUCGGUGGGUCAGUGCUGAGGUAUUAUGGGGGUGUUGGUGGGCUGUGUUGGCAGGGGAAAGUGUGGAAGAGGGGGAUCUGCCUUGUUUCUCAAUAAUAUUAAUCACUUGGCUAAUGUGACCAACUGGUGAAUGAUUUGUUCAUGACUUCAUUGCUCUUUGCGGGCUCUUGCUAUGUAGUUUGGGACUGGGCUGUUUCUGAGUUGACAAUAAAAUCUGUAAUGAUU